UCGCAUCAGGAAGUCGGUGAAAAUACUUGCGAUUGGUAUUUUUCAAAGUCGACACGUUUUGAAUUAUUGAGAAUCAAACAUAAAAAUAUGGCUACAGAUUGGUUUGGUUACGGUUAUGCAGCUCUGAUAACGAUAGGAGGGAUUAUUGGUUAUGUUAAAGCAGGUAGCGUCAUGUCUUUGGUGUCAGGGCUGCUGUUUGGCGUUGCAGCGUUUGUUGGUGCCUAUCAGAUGUCAAAAAAUGGCAGAGAUAUCUGGGUUUCACUGGGCACAUCUGGAUCACUGACUGUUGUGAUGGGAGUGAGAUUUCUAAGUUCAUGGAAGUUUAUGCCAGCUGGACUCAUGGCAGGAAUGAGUUUGUUGAUGUUCCUGCGGAUAGGUGUCAAAGUACUACAGACUUCACAAAAGAAAAAAUGAACAACAAAUUAUUUCUUUAUUUUUAUUAUGUGUCUUGAUUUUGAUACAAGAUGAUCUAAGUAAAAAAAAGAAAGUAAACUGGUUGCAUUGUUGAAAUAAGUAUAUUUGUUUGAUAUAUUGAAAUAUUCCUAUACUAUGUAUGUACCUAUAUACAUUAAAAAUAGUUAGCAUAUUA